CUAAUGGCAGAGGGCUCGGGGAAACCCAUCCUUUGCUGCGGCUGCUACGCUGAAGGACGGUCUUCAGAAAAGCUGGAGGUUGCACCACCAUCUCCAGGACAACUGAAACAUGUGUUCUUCCACAAUGCAUUACCUUUUGUAGGGUUUGGAUUUUUGGAUAAUGCAAUUAUGAUUGCUGCGGGAACUCAAAUAGAAUUGUCGAUUGGAGUUGUCCUAGGAAUUUCAACUAUGGCAGCUGCUGCUUUGGGAAACCUUGUUUCAGAUUUAGCUGGACUGGGUCUUGCAGGUUAUGUAGAAGCUUUAGCUUCCCGGCUGGGUCUGUCCAUCCCUGACCUGACGCCCAAACAAGCUGAUAUGUGGCAAACGCGGCUCAGUGCACACUUGGGUAAAGCUAUCGGAGUGACCAUUGGCUGCAUUUUAGGAAUGUUUCCUUUGUUGUUCUUUGGCGAUGAGGAAGAAAAACUGGAAGAAAAAAAUUAACCUUUUUACAAGACGUAUACAAAUGUAAACUACUGUACCUCAAUUACUCAGUUACGCUGUCAAUAUUUAGGAAUUAACAGACAGUAAAAAAAAAUGUAUAGACUUGGGAACAAAACCUUCAGCAUGUCGUUUUAUGGAAACACUAAUUUAUUGUGGCUUUGUUGUGUUCAGUACUUCUUUUUAUAAGAUAUCAUCUGACUUUUUAUUUAAUUGUAAAUUUUUGAAGUGUUUUCACUUAUGGCAACUGAUGUUUACCACUUUCCCCUUUGACCUUAUUCUUUAAUGGAUUAUUAAAGUAAUAAUCCACCAUAGAGGACAGUAUCACUCUUGAGUUGCAUAUUGGUUGCUUAACAGUUGUAAUUGCAUGACAAAUUUCACUGCUGUUCAUCAGGUCCUUCAAUGCAGAUGACUGAGGAGGUCAGUGAGGAGUGAUUUGAAGCCCUUCACUUUGCAGGAUGACUGGUUGCCCCCUCACCAGCCGUCGUUUUGCACUGCCCUUAGAUAGGUAUUUCAGUGAUCUGCCACAGUCUGGUUUGCAUUUUUUCACAAUUCUGACUAAGUGUCUCUGAAUUGUCUUCUGAGAUGAUAAUUUUAAUGCUUUGACAAGGUAAGUGUUUCCAGUGUAGGCUCUUUAUCAAGUCCAUUUUUUAGUGAUGUUUUAACACCUGUACUUCCACACUUAUGCCUUUUUUCUCCUUUGUAAACAGUAUCUUGAGAAUUGAGUUGAGAUAUCCUUACACUUGACUUCCUGAGUUUUGAGUUUGGUAUUAAAGAAUUCAGACCAAAUGUUUCAAAACCACAAAUAACUGGUUUUUAAUUGUUCUGCUGAAAAUAAGGUGUGAAUAAUUGAUUGGGUGGAUGAGG